AUGUGUUCGCCGAUUUCGGGACUCAUAGCAGAGGCGGUCCUACAACAACUGGAGUCGCUGGUUUUCCGACACCACAGACCGAAAUUCUGGGCUCGGUAUGUGGAUGACACCUUCGUCGUCAUCGAACGGGAUCAGGUGCUGACAUUCAAAGAACAUCUCAACGCCGUCUUCCCGGACAUUCAAUUCACGAUGGAGGAGGAGGAAAACAACCAGCUGGCUUUCCUGGAUGUCCUCGUCUGCCGCAAAGAUUGUGGUGACCUAAAAACCAAAGUGUUCAGGAAGGCGAAAAAUACGACGCAAAUACUGAACUUCAAUAGCAACCACCCGAUCAGUCACAAACGCAGUUGCGUAAGGACGCUCUAUCGGCGUGUCGAAACGCACUGCAGUGAAAUGGAAGACAAGGUUGCUGAACUACAAUAUCUUCGACGGGUGAUGAGAGCCAAUGGUUACCCGCACAACUUUGUCAACCAGUGCAUACGAAAACGACACCAAAGACCAAAUCCAACCAGCCCUGAAUUUUGGCGGGCUCUUCCGUACGUGAAGAACGUCUCGGAAGCCGUCAGUCGUCUUCUCACUCCACUUGGAGUUGGGGUUGCACACAGGCCGGAAGCAACCAUUAGGCGCCAAGUAAUGAGGCCAAAAGACCCGCAGCCAUGGCAGGAAACGUCUGGAGUCGUUUAUCGGAUCUGGUGUAGUUGCGGACAAAGCAACCACGUCGGGGAAACUGGGCGAUUACUCCGUACGCGAAUUGCCGAGCACGCAGCAGCAGUGAGGCGGGGAGACGUUAGCUCUCAGGUGGCGGCACACUCAAUGGAACCCAGCCAUAUUUUCAAAUUUCAAGAGACCAAAAUCCUUACAAGGAGUGACAGCCGCGUGAGCCGCGAGCUGCUCGAGUCAUGGUUCUCAGACCCGCAAUCCAUCAACAAGCUCAAUGACCUCCGGGUACCAUAUUCCGUGCUGAGAUUUCCCCUGGGCAAGGGAAUCAGUCACGUGGGGAGGGCGCGGGCGAGCAACUAUCCCAAUGACAGUGAGCCAGUUUGCCGACCAAUCAUCACACCAGCAUCCAGCCCGGAUUACGAAAUCUCGGCCAUUAACGACUCGGACUCGGACUGA